AGAAGUACGGCAAUAUGAACAUGAUAAAUAUAAAUUAUACCUGUACCAGUGUGUCGUUAGAUUUGUAACAACAUGGUGUUAAUUUAUAAAAUUAUAGGAGGAGACUAUUUUGCUUAAAUGGUUGAUUAAAUGUGAACAUUGAUAAUGUAAGUUAUAAAUUGGAUCUAUUAUAUUAUUUCGAAUACAUUUUGCUGGUAAAUAACCAGUGUGAUAGUGACAUUUUGAAUGCACUAAAUGUGUUCAUCGUUUAUUUGAGUACUUCAUUGUUUAUGUAACCAAAGAUCGAAGAACGCAGUUUAAGGGACUCAAGAUCUCCCUGCACUCUUAGCCUGAGCUUGCGAGCCUUUAGGGAUAGAAUCCGGGAGACCAGCGGAUUCGUUAACGAAAACGACUGCAUGUGGCUAACAUGGUCAGCGGCCUCUCAAGCCACAGGAUGUGAUGCAACUCGAGUACUAGGAUACACCGUUGAACCUGAGAAUUAGCCUGUCGCGUUGUGAGCAUGAUACACUACAAUAUAGAUCGUCAGUCUUGAGCAAAUUGCCGACGCGUUAAUAGCGCGUUGCACAGCCUCAAUCAGACACCGACUUCUUACAGGAGCGUAAAUUGAGCGUAGCUCCUUCUUUGAGCAUCGCUUAAGCAGGGAUUGGUAUAAAUAGUGAAAGACUCUCCCUCUUAUACUCCGCCACCUAAUUCUGAAAGAUGUUCACAGAAGUCGAGCAUCACCUUCUACAAUUUGCCGCUGUCGUGCAUCGCAGCCAUAACGACGGGUGGCGACGGCUGGUGUUUUAUUUAUUUUGCCCAAGGGUUGAGAACAUCUACGAGCUACCCAUAGCAUGAAAAACGUGGGGAAGAGUACCGGCCAUUGGAACGGCAGCGUUAAUAGACUUGAUAUCGGAACAACAGCUAUACUAUGAAUGUGAUAAUCUGCCUAUCCAUGAGUAAGGUAUCAGUAGCAGAGUGACCGUGACGGAAAUCGUACUGUCGGUCACUGAUAAAGUGACGUGGAUAGAAUGUUCAGAUUAAAUAACACCAUAUUUAAACUAGCAUUUUACUCGGUAUGUGCACUUGGCGUGUUUGUAUGGUAUGUUUCAAAUCUAAUGGUUUAUACUAUAACCCAACCAAUUAUAAAAAGUACAAGAAUAACCAAACUCAAUAAAACUGUCCACGAAAAUAUUAAAUUCAUCCUUAUAUGGACGGAUCCAGCAAUAGACCCAAUCGUGAAAUUGGGAAAUGGCCAUCAGACGUUCGUCGAAAGAGAAUGCCCAGUAAAAUCAUGUUUUGUCACAUCAGACAGACAUUUUUUCAAAGAUGUAACUGAGUUUGAAGUGAUAAUUUUUCAUGGUAAAGAGAUUGUACGAAGUCUCCCUGCCAUGCCGGAAAUACGAUCUACUCACCAAAAAUAUAUUUUUGCAUCCAUGGAAUCUUCUGACUACUAUCCAAUAUGCGACGUUAGAUUUAAAGGCUUUUUCAAUUGGACAUGGACUUAUAAGUUAAAUUCUGAUGAGUACAACGGCUAUAUUAUAGUUAGAAAUAAAAAGGGUAUUAUUAUAGGACCUAAACAAGACAUGGAGUGGUUAAGAAUUGAAGAAAUGGAUCCUGUGACCAAAGAAGUUGAAAUAAAGUUGAGUCGCAAAACAAAAAUUGCUGCGUGGUUUGUUUCUAACUGUAGAGCUCCUAGUGGCAGAGACAUUUUUUUUAAAGAAGUCCAAAGGGAAUUGAAUAAACACGGUUUGUCAGUUGAUGUAUACGGAGAAUGUGGAAAUAAAAUUUGUCCACGCGAUGACGAGAGCAAAUGCUUUAAAUUGAUAGAAAGGGACUACUAUUUUUACUUCGCUUUUGAAAAUUCUUUAAGUGAAGAUUACGUAACUGAAAAAUUAUUGACCGCAAUUCGAAACUACGCCAUUCCAGUUGUUUAUGGUGCCGCGAAUUAUACGAGGUUCAUGCCUAAUGGUACCUACCUAAACGGUCGAGAUUUAGGCGCGAAAGAACUUGCAAGACAAAUGAUUGAGAUUUACGAAGACAAGAAAAAGUAUAAAAGAUUUUUUAAGUGGCAUAAUCAUUACUCUUAUCACGACGUGUAUGAAUCUCCGGAAAGCGAUAGCAUUUGCAAGUUGUGCGCGAUAAUUAAUAACAAUACAGUAUUUGAUAAGGCAACUGUUUAUGAAGAUUUUAAUUCAUGGUGGAAUCCGAAGGGCCGGUGUUAAUAAAUAAAAAUAAUAGUAAA